AUGGAGCCUCUCGUACUGAAGCAACGACAACCGGUGGAAGAAGAAGAUGUCGAGAACUGGGAUGAUGGCGACUUUGAUGGAUUGGACGACAUACAUUUCCGAAAUGCCUCAACUGCGACUUCAGUCGUGUCCACCGUGCCUCCUCCGACGCGAGAUUCCGCAUCACGAAUGUCGCUACGAUCAGAAUCGAAUCAAGGCACCGACGAGAACUGGGACGUAGUUGUCGACGACCAGGCGCCGAUAAAAGAUGCACUGGCACUCGCGAGGAGUAAAGGCAUACCGCUACCUGCCAAUGUGCCGCGUUCCGCACUCGAAGGUGGCACAAUUCGGCGGCUCAACGGCAAAGCUAUCAAGAAAGCUAUUGCAGACGAUUGGUCCGAAGACCUGGACAUUCCGUCCGCAUCAGAAGCGCCACUAAAGCUCGCCAAACAUGACGAGAAAGAUUUUAAUGAGAGCCUGCGGCAACUCAGCGCUGCUUUCCGCAGUUCGCCCAAAAGUCCUGAGGCCGAUCUUGACAAAACACUCAAGUCACCCAAAUCGCGCACUACCGCUACACCCAUCAGCCUAGACACUUUCCGCGACGAUGAAGAAGAUGCCGAUUUUGGCGAAGUUCCAACUAUUCGAGUUGCUAAGCAAAGAUCGUCUGGCAAGCCGACACUGAUCACACCCGCAACCAUUCCCGCACCGAACAUCCCUGAAAGCAUCGAAGAAGACUUGGAGCUUCCGAGCAAUGGUCAGCUGCGCCUAUCGACCCGAAAACCCCAGCCAAGAACACCACAGAACGGGGAAGACUUCGACUUCGAGUGGGGCGAAGGAAGCCUGGGUACUCGAAACGCUGGUCGCAGACCCGGUCGGUCAGCUCGCAGCUCUUCAGCAUCUGCUCUCAGUCCAAGUGUGUCAAGUGCGUUUACUGCCGAAAGCGAGGAUGAAGGCCUGGACGGGCUGGUGUUGCCCGAUGGACCCAUCGCAUUCCAAAAGAAACUUGAACAACGCCAGGUCGAGCAAGAGCGAGAUGCAGCAAGCAGUCCGACCAAAGAGCGACCAAAGAGUAUCCCGCAGCCACCAGCUGACGACAGCUUCUUCGACGAUCUGGAUCUUGGUGAUGGCGAUGUCUUUAACUCAACCAGACUGAAACUGAACAAGAACGUCAAAACCAAAAAUCAAAGACCCAUCAGUCCAUCGAAACGAACCACAACUACCCUCAACUUUACGUCUGGCAAGAAUCAAGGCUCCUCCAGACUUCCACGAUUCAGUCACGGCUCUUCUCACGAGCGGGCAAAGUCCAAUCUCGAGCCUGUCUCGGAAAGUGAUGGACCACCCACUCGAUUUCAACGGCCGAACUCCAGACUCGGUUUACAUUCUACUCAAUCUUCUGUGUCAGCAAUUCCCGCCCCCUCCACACCGACGCCCUCGACCCCAAGCAGACGCGCAAUACGGGCUGCGGAUCCACGGCCUGAUGUUCGUCAUGACGGACCUACCACAACCAGUGCUCAACUACUACGCGCUAAACGCUCGAUGCCAGUAAUCAGAGGGAUGUCAUCUCCCACUAAGAGUGAGAAAUAUGUGCGCCCACCAUCUCGAGCAAACGCAGGGAGUCGUCUCCAAAUAUACCACGAAAGACCCGACUCUCGGGAAGAAAACAAGAAGCAGCCAGUUUUCCUUCCUGCUGGCGCAUCCCAUGGCCAGUCGCAGCAUGCGAACCUCAAACAUGUGCCAUCAAAAGGUCACAUCCGACGAGCGGAUUCAGAUGGUACGGGAGACACCAUGUCUGCUGCUCAGCGCUCUUUGUCUCGAAUUGUGGCGUUGGGACGUCCCGAGACACCUGGCCGAAAUCGUGUUGCAGGCAUGAGUGCUGCCGAACUUGCUGCACAAGCUAAGAAAGCAGUCACAAAGCCCAGCCGUCGGCGCAAUUACGGCGAUGGUAACGAGCUGGACAUCUUCGACGACUUGCCGACAUCUGCGUCCCUGGAGUCCAAGUUUACCAAACUUCCUGUCGGUCGUGGCGCACCCCGAAGCCUUCGCAGCAAGUUUGGGCUUGGUAUCCAGUCAAAUCACUCUACAUCAACCAUCACCAGCUUGCGGACCACGGACACGCCCAUGCCCCAGACACCUCUGUCGCCACCUCGACAAGACUUCCCGACGACGGCAACAUCUAUGGCUACAGCAAAUGUGCCGCGGUUUGCGCGAGAUACAGCUGCCUCCCGAAAUGCACGAGAACAAAGGACGAUUAGUACCACGUUUCAGAACAUUCACGGCGAGCCGCUCAAGCCGAUCUCAGCCAACUUCCAGCUCAGUGCACUGCCUCACACUAGUCUACAACGACCGCACACGUCCGGCACAGGCACAUAUGGCUCUUUGCGAAAGAAGAAGAAUGUCCAACAAAAGCCGCACCUCAUCAAGCCGUUGGGCCCUGACAUGAAUCGUGAGAAGAGUGAGAAGGGCAUGCGAUACAAUCCCGAGCUAUAUCGGUGGGAAGGCAACGAGAACGCACUGGCUCCGUUCGACAUUCCGCCGCCCGACUUCCAUGCACGAAGUGGUUCUCCAAUCGCCCUGGGCACCAUCGACAAAGAUCGAAAGGCACAAGGCAGCCCUGUGGCCGGUGGCGCCAAAGCAAAUGUCGCACUUAUCUCUAAUAUCGGAAAUGUGGCUGGUGUCCAGGUUGUCGGCGGAAUGGUGUUCGAUCCUAGCCAAAUGCGCUGGCUGAAGAUGAAGGAGGACACAGCAUCUCGCAAUCGAGGAGACUCAGUCGGAGCAGCAAGCGUUGAAGUAGAAGAAGAGGAAGACGUCUUCGCAGGGCUUGAGGAUCUUAAAGAGGAAGGAUCGGAGUGGGAUUUGAAGAGUCAGUCUCAUCGUGGCUCUGCGGCCGGCAUGACACCCCAAGAGUAUGGAGUCGGUAUGGUCACAGCGGGUUCAAAAGGCGCACCAACUGGUCUCAGACGCAAGGUGUCGAAUGAGAGCAACAGCAACAGCGACGACGAGACCGGACUUGAUGGGCCUCCUGUUGCAGAGGAAUUCGAUGUUGGUCCAGAAUUCGUCAAGAGACAGCGCGCUGAAGAGGAGAGAUGGCGGCGCAAGGUUGAGAAAUGGCUGCGGACGCCUGAAGAUGCUGCGAGGGAGCACCAAGAUGGUGCAUGGCUCUGGGAUGUGAGGAGUUUGGCUGCUUGA